CGUGUUCGGUGAUCUAUGUUAUUAUGAGCCUUUCGUGCAUUGUAAUGAGUCCAUCAGAUUACCUGGACUUUUCCAUCGCCUGGCCGGGAUAUGGAUCGGGCAUCACUUUGUUCCCAUCUCACAUAUCUAUCCUGGAGGAAUUGCUGUGCGCUGAAUGGAUGACUAUAAAGUUCAAAGUUCGAAGUUCACACCUAGCUCGUCUUUCACGUACCAUGUCUACCAUCCGCGUUGCAAUCGUAACUGGUGCUGCUCAGGGAAUCGGUCGCGCCAUAGCUCUGCGACUUGCUGAUGACGGAUUCAACGUUGUCCUUGCAGACCUCGACUCUAAAAUUACAUUAAUGGACGACGCUGUAUCCGAGAUAGUAAGGAAGGGCAGACAGGCCCUAUCUGUUCCUACCGAUGUUUCAAAGGAAGAACAAGUCGAAGAUCUUGUCGCAAAGACCGUCGAAACCUUUGGGGGACUUGACGUGAUGGUUGCAAAUGCUGGCAUUGCCUCAGCCAAAUCAUUGUUAGAUGUUUCGGAGGCGGAUUUUGAUAACAUUUUGUCUGUCAACGUAAAGGGUGUACUGUUUUGCUACAGACAUGCAGCUAAAGCCAUGAUAAAUCAAGGCAAGGGAGGCAGAAUCAUAGGCGCAUCAUCUAUUGCCGGGAAAAGAGCUGCUAGGGGCUGCUGUGCAUACAACGUUAGUAAAUCUGCUGUCCAGGCUUUGACUCAAACUGCUGCCACAGAAUUUGCAAAACACAAUAUUACGGUUAAUGCUUACGCUCCCGGCAUUACUGAUACCGCAAUGAUCCAAGGUGCAUCCCUCAUGCUAGGAUUGGACGAGCUGCGAGUGAUGGAUUUAGCAGAUACUAUGUCGAUUGGUCGCCCUGUCAUAGAGCGUACCGGUGUGCCAGAUGAGAUUGCAGGCGUAGUUUCGUUUAUCGCAUCUAAGGAUUCUUCUUAUGUCACAGGACAAACAAUAUCAGUGGAUGGAGGCAUAUACUAUGGCUAAAUGACGCAUAUUUACCUGAGAUCGGUAAUGGGAUGUGGUUUUGAUUGCA